GUCUUAUUGUCUGUGCCAUCUUGAGCUGUUUGAGAUCUGUGGCUACCAGUGGCCUUGGCUCUUGGGCCUUCAGUGCCAGCUUGUGCCAGUGUCUAUUGGCCAUCCUGCUCUGAAUCUAUAUAAACCUUUGGUUCUCACCUCGUAGCACCCUCUUCAAGACCUUUUACCUCGAAACUGCCUCAGGACAAACUAUAGGACUAUCUCCAGUAUUCUUUGGCUCCCUGUCUCUCAGUCUGAAGAUGUCCAACAUGCACAAUCGUUCACUGACAAGGCUCAGCAGCGAGUUAGAGGUCCAGGGUAUGCUCGGGAUGCCAAUGGGCUCAGACUCCGAAAUUGACUCGCCCCAGCACACACAACAGUUGGACUCACAGGCUUCCUUCGUGGGUAGUGGACCAAUCCCAAAUGCAGCUCAAUGGUCCAAUUCUCUUGCCGCGUCUUCAACAUUGGUGUUGUAUGACUUGAAUGCGCAGAUGGGUGGCGGUAACGAUGGAACUCUUUACGGUUCCCAGCAGACGUAUUAUGGAGACGACGAGCUUUCGAGCUCUCAGACUUCCUCGCAUGACUCACAUGCUUCCUUCGUCAAUACUUCCAAUGGUGCUCAGAUCACGAACGGAAGAACGAUGCCGACUUCUCGUAAGCCGUUGAGAGCCGAUGCAUCUACCACCUCUACCAUAGACGAAGACGGAGAUGAGACGAUGGAGGGAGAUCCAGAAGAGUCUGCCACUCAACACGAUAUGGAAGCGGACGUCGACCCAGAUUGGUCGUCUACGGAAGGAAUGGAACACGCCCCCUUUCGCGCCUCCACCAGCUAUUCAGAAUACGCCAACGACUGGGACAUGAUCAAGGCAGCCCUCAGAAAUGGAGAUAGAACCCCAUCGUCAAGCCCAACGGGUUUCGACACUCACCAUUGCCUCUUUGAGCAAUGGCGCGUCCACACUGCUCGAGAAGACGCUCAGAGUACUGAAGAAGACGAAGACAGCGACGGCGACAGUGCAGGGGGCAGCACCGAGAAGGCUGAUGAAACUGACGUCGAAGAGAAUAGCACGCCUCUGAAUCCGUCUGCUUCGCGCAGUCCGUCCGAGCCCGCGAGCCGGUCCCAAGGCCAUAACGCUCCUCCGGUCAGGGAACGGACCCUGUUGGCGGAGGAUAUCGGCAGUGCGAACAACCGUGUCGACAAUCUACCUUCUGGUCUUGUCAUUCCAUUGCGAGAGGGAGCCACCCUACUUGAAUUAAAGUUUUGCGGUGAAGGGGCUUCGGGUGGUCCGGCGCUGUCUCAAGACUCGUCGCGUUCGUCCUUCAAUAGCCUGUUCGAUGAUGAGAGCGGUUUGCCGGGCUCUCAGGGCUCUUAGCCCUUGUGACGCGUUUUACGAGGUUGAACCCCGCUGCGUAGUAUAUACGCGUGUAUUUGUUACGGUCGCGUUUUGUUAUGAUGUUUUCUAUGUGGUUUCUUAGUGCCUCGCUAAAUUGCUUUUGUAUGUACGAUCUCGAUGAUAUUGUCAACGCGUUGAGGGUUGUUUUCUUGU